GUGUGUGAGGGACGGUGAUGGACGAAGCGACAGGCUGCAGAUCGCUGUGAGCACGAGAGAAGAGGACAUCUCUAGAGUCUUAAUGGAGCUCCUGUCCGGGGGUCAGAGGUCAAACGGCUCACGUCCGGCGGGCUGCGGCUUGACUCUUCCUCCUGAGUUCUGGCCGCUGUGUGAUGGAUGGGGUAUUGCGGUGCAGACUGUGUCCGGCGCAGGGUUGGUCAGCUGUGUGGCGCUGAUGCUUGCGCUGCUGGGGUCGGCGUGUGCGUCUGGCUCAUCGGCGGUGGCGCUAAUGCUCUUCCUGCUAGCGACGGCUGGAAUAUUCUCCCUUCCCUACUGCUUCCUUGUGGCCCUGUCCUCGCAGACGUGCCCGGCUCGGGUGUUUGCGUUCAGCGUGCUCUUCAGCCUGGUGUUCGGAGCUCUGCUAGCGCGUGGGCUAGCGCUGCUGGGCGUGGUACUAGUGCGUGGCUGGAGGGAGGUGGGCGUGGUCGCGGCGCUAGGGCUAGUGCAGGUCAUCGUAGCGGCCGAGUGGCUGCUGGUGGUGCUGACGCGUGAUGAAAAGACCUGCCAGUUCUCACGGCCUGAGUUCGUCAUGCUCCAGAUCUACGUGAUGGUGCUGCUAGCCGCGGGGCUAGCGACGGCCCUGCUCUGCCUCCGGCACUCCUGCUUCAGUUACAGCUACAGCUCCAGUGGGCAUCCGCGGCGGCGGAGCAAACUGCGUGCAGCGCUGCUGGUGCUGACACUACUGCUGAGCGCCAUCGUCUGGAUCGUCUGGGUCACGCUCCUCGUGCUCGGGAGCCGCGGGCCACUCUGGGACGAGCCCGUCAUCUGCGCGGCGCUAACUGUUAACGGCUGGGUGCUGCUGCUGGGACAUGGCUUCCCUCAGGUCCUGCUGAUGUGCGAGCGCACCGCUCCUGCCAGAGACCCGCCACUGGACCUCACCGGCUGGAGGAGCCCCAAGACCGGCGCCGACAACCACGACUUCCAGACGGACACAGACACCAGGAGAGGUACAGACCUGACGGUGUCUGGAGUCUUCAUGAGGGAGAUCAGUGCAGAUAAAGACUACAGCAUCCCUCGACCCUCGACCACCAACAUCACAUACGAGGAGUGACCGCACACACACACACAACAAACACACACACACACACACACCAACAUCACAUACGAGGAGUGACCGCACACACACACACACACAACAAACACACA